CCAUCUUAGCAUUAAGUCCUUUGCCUUUGAUCAUGCGGGACCAGAUGCGACUCAAGUAAUACAAUUAUUUUUUUAAGAAGGCGUAGCUAUGGUUUUCCCAUUUUGUUGCAGACCAUGAAAGCACCAUAUCCCAAGCGCAGAGAGACAGACUGAGUUGACCUCCUUUUGCUUCAACUUUGCCUUGCUUUUGCCUUCAACUUUCCUUUUCUUUCUCCUCUUCUCUCUGCACCGUAACAUACUUCUUGUACAAGGACGAGUACGCCAAGACAGGUCAGAGGGCGACCACCUUGCUACAACGACGUUCGAGUUAACCUCGGAUUUGCCUGCUCCCGAUUGGGCACUGUGCGAGUGAAGGAGAAAUUUAAGACUUCCUGUGUUGAGCGAUGGCCGCUGUCCAGAUUCGGAAGUACCGCGACGACGAUGGCGAGAUGGUGAAGGAGCUCUUCUUGCUCGGCAUGAGCGAGCAUGUGCCCUCAUCCUUUGUGCACCUCCUCAAGCAGCCGCUCACCCAGAUGGUACUCAUGUGCACCUUCUGUGCCCUGCUGACCAGCUCCAAAUCUUUCCUGCUGCCCAUCCUGACUGUCACGCUGCUGCUCGCUGCAGCCCGCCAGCUAGUGGUCUACCAGUUCAAAAGCUACAUUGAAACGUCCUACAAGCAGGACUUGAACACCAUUGGCGAGACAUACAUGAAGGGCGAGGACUCUUGCUUCUGGGUGGUGGAGAACGAGGGGCAGGUGGUGGGCAUGGUGGCCUGCCUGCCCAACGAGAAUGUCCCGGAUUGUUUGGAGCUGAAGCGCCUGUCCGUGCGUCGCAGUCACCGCGGCAGGGGCGUGGCCAAAGCACUGUGUCGGAGGGUGGCGGACUUUACCCGCGAGCGAGGUUAUGCUGCCGUCCUCCUCUACACUUCGGUGGUACAGACUGACGCUCAGAAGCUCUAUGAGCACAUGGGCUACAAGAAGGUGCGCGAGUUUGUCAUUCCUGACAUCGUAGCCAAGCUCCUAAACUUCUCCCUCUUUGAGUACAGACUGGAUUUGCAGAAAGACAAAAAAGGAAACUGAUGUAAACACCAGUGCUGGACUACUUUCAAUCGCUGAUAAAUUGAGUGCGCAUUGGGGGGAAAAAGGCAACAAUCAUUUGAAUCCUAGUGGGGUAGACAAACCCCACUAGGAUUCUUUUGAGAUUUUUCAUUUUAGCUGAUUUUUUUGUUGAACAACUUCUACGCUACAUAAACAACUGGAGGAUGCUCAUUUGGAUACACUGUGGUUGUCUAGGAUUUUGGAUAAAAUGGAAUAAAAGUAAUCCAUGUGACAUUUAAGCUGUUUUUAUAGUCUCCUAAAAGAGAUUGCUUCCCUGGAACCUCUACAGUUUGCAUAUCAACCUCAUGUUGGUGUGGAUGAUGCUGUCAUCAACCUGCUGCAUCGUGCUCACUCUCACCUGAAUGGGGGGAAGUGCACCUUAAGGAUCAUGUUCUUUGAUUUCUUCAGUGCCUUUAACACCAUCCAGCCCUUUCUGAUGACUGAGAGGCUGCUCAGGACGGGUGUCAGCUCAUCCACUGUCUCCUGGAUUAUUGAUUACUUGUCUGACAGGCCCCAGUUUGUGUAGCUGGGGAGCUCCCUGUUUGAUACCGUGGUCAGUGGUGUAAGGGCACCGCAGGGGACUGUCCUGUCUCCUUUCCUGUUCACUCUACUUUUCUGAUUUCCAGUACAGCUGUGGGUCCUGCCAACUGCAGAAGUUCUCUGAUGACUCUGCAGUGGUUGGGUGUAUCAGAGAUGGACAGGAGGUGGUACAGGACAGUGUUGGCUGACUUUGUAGAGUGGUCCCAGGCAAACCACCUGCUCCUGAAUGUGGACAAGACCAAAGAGCUGGUGAUAGAGGUGAAUCCAGUGGAGCCCAUGGUGGCUGUAGUGGACCACUACAAGUACUUGGGGGUCCACAUGAACAGCAGACUGGAUUGGAAGGACAACAGCAAUGCUGUCUACAAGAAGGGCAUGAGCAGACUCCAUUUCCCGAGGAAGGUUAGGUCCUUCAAUGUGUGCAGAAAGCUGCUGGAGAUCAUCUACCAGUCUGUGGUAGCCAGUGCCCUGUAUGUACUUUGUUGUGGUUUGUUGGGGCAGCAGCACCAGCUAAAAGAACAUAAACCGGAUGGGCAAACUGAUCUGGAAAGCCGAACAAGUCAUCAGCACUCAGGCGUUUGUAACAGUGAGAGACAGGAGGAUGCUGGACAAACUGCUCUCCAUCAUGGACAACCUCACACACCCAUUCCAUGGGACAAUAGAGGGGCAGUGGAGGUCAUUCUCCAAGAGACUCCUCCAUUUUCGUUCCCACAGUGAACGCUACAGGACUUCAUUCACAUUCAUCCACAUGCCACCCAGCUCUACAAUACCUGACCUGUCUGUCAAGAUAAUUCACAACACUAUUGCACUGUACUGUCUGCCCUCCCUUGUACAGUAUAAAGUGUAAAUUUACUUAUAUUUUUACACACUAUUUGUAAAUAUGCAAAUCUUGUUUAUCUUAUAUUGUUGUUAUUUGAUUAUAUUUUAUUCAUAUUACAUUGCAUUUAUUCAAGUGUUUUCUUUUUCUUCUGUAAUUGACCUACUGUACCCAAGCAAUUUCCCUUGUGGAUCAAUCAAGUCUGUAAUUCGUUUUUGAUGGUAAUUGUUUAUAUUUCUUAUUAGUUAUAAAUAUAAUACAUAAACUUG